UAGCGACUAUUCAGCAUACAUUGCGGCAAAAUGGUGUUCCAGAUGACAAAAUUGAACCUCAUCAUAUUCAUCAGUCUGUGCGUAGUCACUAUUGAAGCAGGUCAUUCAAAUGAAAUGCCGUCUGUUAAACCAGAUAAACAGGUUAAAGAACUUGGGGGCGCUAAAUUUACUUAUAAUGAUGAUUACGAAGUGAUAGUUGGAGGUACUGAGUGUACAUGGAGAGUUGAUAUGAAGAAAGCGACGGCUGAUGAGGUGGCAAAUGGAGGAGGAUACCGUAAUGGUUCUCUGUGGUGUAAAGGCUGGAAUGUUUAUAGACAAAACUCGCCAAUACCUAAUAUAAUAAUUACUAAGAAGAGCGAAUAGAGUAUGGCUGUGCAAAACAGUAUUGGAGCUGCAGAAGAAAACUGUCAAAAUAAGAGAUAUUAUCUAUUGUAUAACUGAUAAAUAGUUUCAAGUGUGCUUAUUCAAAUGCUCUGCUCAGAAGUUAGUAAAACUGGAUAUGCUUCAUUUUCUGAAUACUCAGUAUUUUUCUUCCUUUUUCUGUUGAUUAAAUAUUCUCGAGUAAAUGCAUAUUCAUAAACCAAUUUCGUGUUAUCAACAAAUAUAUCCUGAAGAGGCUCUUCACC